GCCACGAUCGUGCCUGCGUCACAGGAGCAAUGUGUUCCUUCCUUAUUGUUGUUUGCCAGUCCUCCCCAUGAAGUGUUCGGCAUCGUCGACCCUGCAGUUCUCUCUCUUAUUGACAGGUCUCGCACAUCCAGUUCGGCGCUACCUCUGGUCCGGUCUGCGUGAACGAAGGCUUUCGUCAUAGCGCGAGGUAAAGCAACCACACAUCAACGUCGGCCUUUGUCGUAUCAUGGACGAGAAUCGGCCCACAAGCGAAGAACGAGAUGAUGGCAUGCCCAUUAUUCGCGUUACGAGCCACGACGGGGCAGCCAGGACGCCGUCUCCCGGGAAGAGUACCCAUAUCCGCUCCAAAUCCCAGGAUAUGCUUUCACGUGGGGCUAGCAAAGUGCUCGAUAAGAUCGACAACAGGAAGACAGAGCGCUCGUCUUCGUCCAUGCAAGAUCGAUUGUUGAACUUACUGUUGUCGCAAGUCAUACCAGCCGAUGGCGCUGUGGAUACGGAGAAGUCUAAUACCAAGCGUCCUCGAACGUACGCCGAAAAACCGAAUUUCAGCGUGGGAACAAUGUCUUACAACUUUCGGCGCUUCAACGCUCGUAUAGGCCCAGUAUUCGUUUUCCAAAAUCGCGUGUUUCGAGUUUUGUCGUGGAGAAAGCCCUCCCACACGCUAUCGUUUCUGGCAGUCUAUUCAUUUGUGUGCCUGGAUCCGUAUCUUCUCGUCGUAGUCCCCCUAGCCAUUUGUCUCUUCUUCAUCAUGGUGCCAGCUUUCCUCGCGCGGCACCCUCCACCACCAUCAACCCUUCCAUCGGAGUUAUAUCCUUUAGGCGGACCGCCCCUUGCCCCAGCAACGCGUAUCAAGCCCGCUCCCGAUCUUUCCAAGGACUUCUUCCGCAAUAUGCGUGACCUGCAAAAUAGCAUGGAAGAUUUUAGCAGGCUGCAUGACGAGAUUCUGAAGCGCCUCCUUCCGCCAACCAAUUUCUCUGACGAAGCAUAUACGAGCGUCCUCUUCAUCGUCAUGUUCUUCGCUGUUCUUCUCCUUUUUGUGACUGCGCACCUGAUUCCCUGGCGCUUCGUCUUUUUACUCGGCGGAUGGGCGGUUAUUGGCUCCAAUCAUCCCUUUGUUCAGGAUCUGCUCGAGCAAAAGGCGAGCCCAGAAACCAUUGCCCAGCAACAGAGCGAAGUUCAGUCCCAAUUGCAUGCUUUUGCCGAAGCAGACAUCAUACUCGAUCCUGCGCCGGAGAAACGCGAAGUUGAGAUAUUUGAAUUACAACACAGAAAUCCGUACGACCGAGAAGCCGAGUGGGAGCCAUGGGUCUUCACACCGCAUCCUUAUGAUCCCAUGAGUCCAGCCAUGAUUGCGGGAGAUAGACCCAAAGGUACCCGGUUUUUUGAGGACGUAGUCCCACCUCGAGGGUGGAAAUUCGCAGACAAAAAAUGGACUCUCGACUUGUUGAGCAGAGAGUGGGUUGAGGAACGGUGUAUUACAGGUGUCGAGGUUGAAGUUGAAGGGGAAAGGUGGGUCAGUGAUUUAGCGUAUGAGUUUGAGGACGAUGAGGACGAUCUAGACAGUCUGGCGGAGAGUCAUAAGAGUAAGAAAAUGAAGAAUAAGGAGAUUGGCAAGGAAAAGGAGAAAAAGAAAGCGAUUGUGACGUGGGAGGAGGGACACGGACGACACAAGUUGGGCGAGUGGAGGAGAAGAAGGUGGGUGAGACUAGUGCAGAGGGUGGCCAUUGAUGCUGGAAAGGAUGACGGCAUAACAGUGGUGUCUAAUGAAUAAAUGAAUGAGGUUCUAAUACGGAAAUAAUGGUUUGAAACGCAGGAUCAGAAAGUCUAGUGCAUUUCCAGUAGAGCUGUUGGUUUCCAUGAAGGAGUUGAUGCAUUGUCGCGCUCAUUCUCACACCUUCGAUGGCUCGUCAAGAUGGAUGCUGAUGAAUGAUAGAUUGGUCCUUGCCACCUUUUAUUCACGAGCAAUCAACUCGUUUCUCUAACCAUGCC